GAGCCAGAUCUCCAUUCCUGCAUGUUUCACGAGGAUAUAAAGCAGGUCCCGAGCACGCAAACCGUUCAUUUUCACAGCGCGUGAGACUGAAGAGUGCUUCUGGUGUUAAAUUGUUGGGGAACAUGUAGCUUAAACAACCGCGUGAAAGAUGAAAAGGCUUUCCCGAAAGCUGACUUUAGCUCUGGCAGCGUUGUUCUGGAUAGCUGCUUUACUGUAUUUUAUUCUUCUGAACAGUCGGAAAUUACCUGACCAAAGACACGAGCAACCAAAAGAGAAAGAGAUCUCAGACACAGAAUGGGAAGAUCUCUUGGAAGAGUUUGAAGAAAAGAGCUACCUCAGCGCUCACAGGUGGAGGCCGGGCCAAGAUCCCUACAGUCUAUAUGCGUUUAAUCAGAGGGAAAGUGAGAGGGUCCCCAGUAAUAGAGCCCUUAGAGACACCAGACAUUACAGGUGUUCGACGCUGCACUAUGACUCAGAGCUACCUUCCACUAGCAUCGUGAUCACGUUCCACAACGAAGCUCGCUCCACUCUGCUACGCACAGUCAGGAGUGUGCUAAAUCGGACGCCUGUGCAUUUGAUUCACGAGAUAAUCUUGGUAGAUGACUUCAGCCAUGACCAAAACGACUGCCUCCUUCUCACUAAAUUGCCCAAAGUAAGGUGUCUUCGCAAUAAUCGAAGAGAAGGCCUGAUCAGGUCCAGGGUUCGAGGAGCUGACGCAGCUGGAGCAGGAGUCCUGACCUUUCUGGACAGCCACUGUGAGGUCAACAAGGACUGGCUUCCACCACUGCUGCAGAUGAUCAAGGAGGACCCACACUGUGUCGCCAGCCCAGUGAUUGACAUCAUCAGCAUGGACACAUUUGCAUAUGUUGCUGCCUCCUCAGACCUGCAGGGCGGCUUUGACUGGAGUCUUCAUUUCAAGUGGGAGCAGCUAUCAGCAGAGAAGAGAGCCAAGCGAGAGGACCCCACAGAACCCAUUAAGACACCCAUUAUUGCUGGAGGCCUCUUUGUGAUAAAUAAGUCUUGGUUCAUCCACCUGGGUAAAUAUGAUACAGCCAUGGACAUCUGGGGAGGAGAGAACUUUGAGCUCUCUUUUCGAGUGUGGAUGUGUGGGGGGAGUCUGCUGAUCGUCCCCUGUAGCAGAGUUGGCCAUGUCUUCCGUAAGAAACAUCCAUACAUCUUCCCUGAGGGCAAUGCCAACACGUACAUCAAGAACACCAGACGCACUGCUGAGGUGUGGAUGGAUGAGUUCAGACUCUUCUACUACUCAGCUCGACCAGCAGCAAGAGGAAAGUCCUAUGGAGACAUUCGUGGCAGGCAGGAACUCCGAAAGAAUCUUAUGUGCAAGUCCUUCAAGUGGUAUCUGGACAACGUCUAUCCAGAGCUCAAAGUUCCAGAUGAUUCUGAUGCAAAGUCUGGAGUGAUACGGCAAAGGCAGAACUGCCUGGAGGCACAGCAGGUGGAGGGGCAGGACCUCCCAGUGCUUACACUGGCCCCCUGCAGUAGGACCAAGGACGUCCCCGUUCGGAGCCAGGAGUGGAUCUACACACAUGGGCAGCAGAUUCGCCAGCAGCAGCACUGCCUGUCCGUCUCCACCACCUUUCCAGCCUCCCAGAUUCUACUCAUGCCCUGCAACAUCAGUGAUGGCAAACAGCGCUGGCAGAGAUCAGGGACGCACCUGGAGCACCAAGUCUCACGCUUCUGCCUGGACAGUGAGAUGGCGCUGGACGGACUACAGAGCAGUCGUAUGUUGGUGAUCAGCCCCUGUGAGCCAUCAGCCCACACGCAGAGAUGGGAGAUGCCUUUCUCAUGACCCUAUGCCCACCAAGCGCCUCCAGCCCAGAGCCAAGAGAGAGAGAGAGAGAGAGAGAGAGAGAUAGAUAGGUGGGGGGGGCUUCAGUGUAUAUCUCCAGGAGAAACGUCACCAAUACCCUUCUGAUCCACAGCAUUGACUUCUUCUGUAGCUCACAUAAGGUUCCCUGGAGUGUCAAUCACACUGUUGUUCUGCAGAGCAGGCCUGGCUGGCCGGGAACACACAGUCCUGCGGGACACAAACAAACCUGCAGGACACAUACAAACCUACCAGAUACACACAAAACUGUUAGACAUGCACAAACUUGAGCAAGCUCUUUAAUAGAACACUGGUGCACUACAUGCAAAGAAGAAUGUUUGUUUUUUACGUCAAUGUAAAAAUUCACCCCAAAGCAAUGCACUUGUGUAAUGAAUCUCCUAGCACAUCAACAUUCAAUAAAAGGCCUAUUUUUCUUAA